GGACUCAUUAAUUACGGUUCAAAUAUCCAAAAAAAAUCUAUUGUUGGACCGUAUCUCUUAUUGAAAAUUAAUCUUGACCGUUCUAUUGGACGGGUAUAUAACAAUAAUUAUAUAAGUUUCGCUAUUAAUUGUCUAAAUUAAGACCCAAAAAAAAACUUAGACUCCUGUUUUGUCUUAACUCUCAAGUAAAACUAAUUUUCUACCAAGCAAAAUAAAUCUGACAAAAAGAAAAUCAUUCAAAAGGGAAACAUACCAUAAACAGACUCUGGUGCAAUUAAUUACUCUGUCAAAAAAAACUAGAAAGAAAAACCAUAAAAGGAAACUGUAAGUCUGUAACAUUCCAAACAAAUCACCAACGAUACAACAGAGAACCAUAAUACUGAUUUUUUUUCCCCUCAAAUCUCUCCUUCAAAUAUAUUGUUCUUGUUGCUUCUGUCUCUCUUGUAUUUGUUUUCUUUUUGUGUUUCUUUUAGCGAUGAAUAGCCUCAAUGAAGCCAAGACCAUGACGGAAACUUCAGGCUCAAGUAACUCUGUCUUGUGUCUAGCAAACCCCAUGGAGCAGCCUCACGUGUCCACGACCACAAGAAGUGUCUUGUCCAACACAAAAUACAAAGGUGUUGUUCAACAACCGAACGGUCACUGGGGCGCUCAGAUAUACUCUGAGCAUCGAAGGAUCUGGCUUGGAACGUUCAAGUCCGCCGCUGAAGCCGCUGCAUCUUACGAUAGCGCAUCUAUCAAACUCCGAGGUAUUGAUGCUAACUCGUACCGGAACUUCCCUUGGUGUGAAAUCACGACCCAUGAACCGGCCUUUCAAGCCAACUACACAACAGAAGCUGUGCUGAACAUGAUCAAAGACUGUUCUUACCAACACAAGUUCAUGGAGUAUCUCAGAAGAAGAUCUCAGAUGGUGGACUUCGCCAACAUCAACAUCGUGGCGGCGGCAUCAAGACAGAGCCGAGGAGGGAGAGGAGUGCAAGAGCCAUUCUCUUGCACGCCGCUUUUUAGCAAGGAACUGACGCCGAGCGAUGUUGGGAAACUCAACAGGCUUGUGAUACCUAAGAAGCAUGCGGUGAAGCAUUUGCCAUUCAUAAGCGACGGUCAGAAAGAGAGGGAAGAAGGCGAAAUAGGAGAAGCUGUGGACGACGUUGAGGUUGUGUUUUACGACAGGGCGAUGAGACAGUGGAAGUUUAGGUAUUGUUACUGGAGAAGUAGCCAGAGCUUUGUCUUCACCAGAGGAUGGAAUGGUUUCGUCAGGGAGAAGAGACUCAAGGAGAAAGAUGUGAUCGUUUUUUACCAUUGUGAUGUCCCGACCAAUGUUAUGACAUUACAAGGUCAAAACAACAGCUUCUUGAUGAUUGAUGUUGAUUACUUUACUGACAAGGGUCCCGUGGCUCCCAAGGAAGUAGACAAGAUGGUUCACAACACUUCCGAGGAAGAAAUGAAAACAGAAACCAAAGGAGGGUUUAUGCUGUUUGGUGUUAGGAUUCAAUAGCUAUUUUCAUAUUAGGUGAUUUUUAUAUUUAAAAAAAAAACUUAACU